GCAUUUUUGUUUAACAAAAAAUAAUUUUUGUUUGUAAAAAAAAAUUGUAAUACAAAAAACAAUUCUUUCUACUUGUAUAGUUGUAUUACAAAUAACAAUUUUGACAGAAUCAUAUUUUUGCUAAUGUCUGAUUCAUGUUUAUGUUUACUGUAUCUAGAAAAAAGUUAAGUUGUCCGAAGACAGUUGAAAACGGAGAAGGAAUUUUCAAUAUCACCUUCUGCAGUUCUUCCCGCAACCCUAAACCCUUUAAGAGUUAAAGUUAGAGUCUUUCCGCGCCCUUGUACAGGUCAGAUUCUCACCUUCUCUUGGUGUUUGGGGUUAAUGCCUAAGGUCCAGAAUGGACUCUUUUUAGUAAUAGAGGUCUUAAGGUUCACCCUUUUAGAAUUGGUCUAGGGAUAAAGAACUUUACACCAUGUAUUCACUUCAUUACACACUCUGAUAUGCAUCGGAGUCUUGGUAAGCAUCGUCUUAUCUAUCGUGCUCGCAUUUCCAACUAUGUGAAAACUGGGCUUGUAGAUGAAGCAAUCCAGGUGUUCGAUAAAAUGACUACAUCAGACUGCAGGGUUUUCAGCAUUGAUUACAACCGAUUUAUUGGCGUCCUGAUUAAGAAUUUUCGGUUUGACUUGGCAGAACAGUAUUACCAUGAGAUGAAGCCCAAUGGUUUCUCCUUGAACCCUCAUACAUAUUCAAGAUUUAUUUCCGGCUUGUGUAAAGUUAAGAAUUUUGAGCUUAUCCAUAAACUUUUAGAUGAUAUGGAUAGGCUUGGGGUAGUCCCAUAUAUUUGGGCGUGUAAUAUAUAUUUAAAUCUUUUGUGUAAUGAAAACUUUGUCCAGUUAGCGCUGGAGACGUUGAGAGUCAUGGGAGAGAAAGGUAGAGAACCUGAUGUAGUCAGCUAUACUGUAGUUAUUAAUGGACUGUUUAAGAUUAGAAGGUUUGACAAUGCAAUUGAAAUAUGGGAUAUGAUGAUCCGGAAAGGUCAUACACCUGACUACAAGGCUUGUAGAGCUGUCGUAUUGGGUCUGUGUGAGUAUGGGAAGGUUGAUACGGCAUAUGAACUAACAUUAGGUGUAAUGAGAAGUCGAAUUAAGUUUGACAUUAAAAUAUACAAUAAACUCAUUGAUGGGUUCUGCCGAAUUGGAAGGAUUGAUAAAGCUCAAACAAUUAAGUCAUUCAUGAGAAGAAAUGGAUGUGAUCCUGAUCUGUCCACUUACAAUGUUUUCUUGAAUUAUAGUUGUAACGAACUUAUGUUGGGGGAAGCAGAGAGAUUGAUAGAGAAGAUGGAAGUUUGUGGUAUGAUACCCGAUCACUAUAGCUAUAACCAGUUACUUAAGGGUCUAUGUAGGGCGAAGAAAGUGGAUAAGGCAUACACGCUCAUGAUAACUAAGAUGGGACCUAAAUGUUUGCUUGAUGUUGUCUCAUAUAACACAAUAAUUAGAGCGCUUUGCCAAACGGGCCACUCCAUGAGGGCGUACAAGCUAUUAGAUGAGAUGAGGGAAAGGGAAAUAUGUCCAGAUAUAGUAACUUUUACGAUUUUGAUAAAAUCAUUCUUAGGAGAAGGAAACUCUGAUGUGGCUGAGAUGAUUCUUGACCAGAUGACACAAAUGAAUCUUUUUCCAGAUCGUGUGUUAUAUACCACUAUCAUCCACCAUCUUUGUAAGACUGGAAGGAUAGGGACAGCACAGAGCACUUUCCAUGACAUGUUAGAGCAGGGAGUGAGCCCUGAUGUUGUUUCCUACAAUGCAUUGGUUUACGGGCUUUGCAGAGCUUCUAAAGUUAGUGAAGCUAUGGUUCUUUAUGAAGACAUGCAAAAGAGGGGUUUAUGUCCAGAUGAGGUGACAUUCAAGUUAAUUAUUCAAGGAUUAAUUAAUGAAAAGAAACUUUCUUGGGCUUGUGCAAUAUGGGAUCAGAUGAUGGAGAAGGGAUUUACUCUCAAUAGUGAUUUGUCUGAAAAGCUAAUUAAUUCAAUGAAUAUGAAAGGCUUUUCUUCCAAGGAUGUCAGGUGACCUGCUGGCUAAGAGUCUAUUUAGAAAGGGUUAUUUGGCUGAUAUAAAAGCUAAUUAAUUCAUGAACCUGAAAGGUGUUUCUUCCAAGGAUGUCAGGUGACCAGCAGUCUAAGUUCCUGUUUAUUUAGGUUAUUUGGCUGAUGUGGAAGGAUCUGCUGAUUUUUUUGAAAUGAAAAGUGCCUGAUAUAAUACUUGUUCUGUCAUUCUAAGUUGAUAAGCUGAUGAAGCAAACUAAGCCACUAUUGGCUACCAAAUGGGCACUAAAUCGGUUGAAGUGUAUUACUAGCCUUUCUUUCAUUACAAGCUUCUCGUAAUGGAGAGCCAAAUUGAUGGCAAGUGGUAGAAUCACUUCUUUAUGUGAUGCACAAAGGAUUCUUGAAUUUCUUGAAGGGGUCCUUUAUCCUUAUGCAAGUAUGAUAUACUUUUUGACAAAUUGUUAUCUUUCUCUUAACCGUGUAUAUAUUAAGCUGAUACACGUUUUUUGUGAUUGGUAGACAUUUCACAAUCACUGCAACCAUCCAGGAAUAUUGAAGGAACCACACAUCUUAUUCCUGCACUUCUUUGUUUACUCAAUCAAUGAAAUCUCUAGAUGAAUAGCAUUAUAAGCAAUUUUUAGAAUUGUAGAUAGGUAAUUAACCUGUUGCCAGCCUUUACUCAUAAAGCUGUUUGUAGUGCUGGCCGUGAAAGGGUGGAUAUACACAAAAUUGGCCCUAUGGGAGGGAGGAGGGGGGAAACCAACUCCAAUUCACUACCUCGGUUGAAAUUAAACUGAAGACAGCAGCAUGGAAGUAGUAACAAUGGCCUAGUGGUCAGGGAGGUGCAGGGAAGAGAGAGAGAUAAGGACACUAUGGAAUAGUCCCCCUCUUGCCACACAGGGAGGAGUUGCUGGUGAUGGAGAGUGACAUUUGUGGCGCUUCUGUAAUUGCUAUUGGAUAUGGCUUCUGUUAAGUGUAAACUAGGGUUCUAGAAAAACAGUCUUAUUCUUGGGAGAAUGGAGAAUAAGGAUGUUUCUGAGGAAUAUGAAGAUCAAAAUUUCAUGCGAAUAUACAAUGUAGAAGAAUCUGUUUGUUCAGAGUUGGCCUGUACAGAUCCCCACACAAUAUUGGUGCGGAGCAGUUGGUUUACUGCUGCUUAGCCCAUUCUUCUCAGACCUCCCAGUUGUAAUCUGUAGUUAUUCACAAAGUGGAAUUUCAUAUCAAAAGAUUGUGAUGAUAAUUAAGCACUUCAGGAUGACAAAUAAAAGCUAGGUGUGCUGCUAAUAUUGUGGAUUUGCUCGCAUUGGUUGGUUGGCUGGCGGUUGUUUGUACAUAGCGAUUAGCAAGUUGGAUUGACUCGAGCAACAAUCAUGAAAGGUAUAAUGUUUUCAAUCCGUACUUGUUUAUACAAAAACCAUACAAACGUGUGGCAUGUACUCAUGUAUGAUCAACUUCCUAAACAUGUAUAGCUUUCCAUAGACCCAAUCAAAAUAUUGAAAUAUGAGUUCGUUUGAUAACAUUUGUUUUGUGUUUUAAAUUCCCUCUUUGAAAACAAAGCUGCUGCUGCAAAAACAUAUUUGUAUCUUUCGAUUUCUCAAAAGAGGGAA